UUUUGAAGUCCUGUAGCACUACCUACCGGAAGUCGGUGAUAUUGGUGGUAUUGGAUUUAAACCCCUCAAGAUAGCGCCUGAGUUAUUUUUCUUUUUGAAUCCUGACUUCACUAGUUUUGAGGGUGAGGUGUUAAAUGUGCGACAGCGGCGACUCUAAGGAUGGGAAACCCACCAAACGCAGCGUGGUGUAUAUUUACAGCCCGGACUAUGUGGAGACCUGCGACUCUCUAUCAAAAGUCCCAAACCGAGCGAGUAUGGUGCAUUCUCUGAUUGAAGCUUAUGGCUUAUUAAAUCAUAUGAGUGUGGUUAAGCCUCAUGUGGCUACGAUGGAGGAGAUGGCAGUGUUUCAUACACACUCUUACCUCGAGCAUCUGCACAAGAUCAGCCAGAAUGGAGACAAUGAUGAUCCUCAGUCUGUGGAUUUUGGGCUGGGGUAUGAUUGUCCAGUGGUGGAGGGCAUAUUCGAGUACGCGGCUGCAGUUGGUGGAGCCACUCUGACGGCCGCCCAGUGUCUGCUGGAUGGAAAGUGUGAAGUUGCCAUCAAUUGGGCAGGAGGCUGGCACCAUGCCAAAAAGGACGAGGCGUCAGGGUUCUGCUAUGUGAACGAUGCUGUUUUGGGGAUCCUUAAACUGCGAGAGAAGUAUGAGAGAGUGCUUUAUAUAGAUGUGGACCUUCACCAUGGUGACGGCGUAGAAGAUGCCUUCAGCUUCACUUCCAAAGUGAUGACUGUGUCUCUGCAUAAGUUCUCUCCUGGCUUCUUCCCAGGUACAGGUGAUGUGUCCGACACAGGCCUUGGGAAGGGCAGAUGGUAUGCUGUUAAUGUGCCUCUGGAGGACGGAAUCAGAGACGAUCGCUACCUCCAGGUCUUCACCAGUGUCAUACAGGAAGUGAAAGUGCUGUUUAACCCUGAAGCAGUAGUGAUGCAGUUAGGGGCGGACACCAUGGCUGGCGACCCCAUGUGCUCCUUUAACAUGACUCCAGUUGGGGUGAGCAAGUGCCUGAGCCAUGUGCUGGAGUGGAAGUUACCUACACUGCUGCUGGGAGGAGGUGGGUAUAACCUUGCCAAUACUGCCCGCUGCUGGACCUAUCUGACAGGGACAGUCCUGGAACAGACUCUAUCCUCAGAGAUACCAGACCACGAGUUCUUUACGGAAUACGGUCCGGAUUACACUCUGGAGAUAAGCCCGAGCUGCCGACCCGAUCGCAACGAGAGCCAGCAGUUGGAGCGGACCAUCAGCACUAUCAAAGGGAAUCUGAAGAAUGUCGUUUAACACUGGGCUCUAAGCUCAUGUUUCCAAAUCAGACUCUGCUCUCCUAAUGAAGACAGUAUGUGGGAGCCAUCAACGGAGUGGAGUUUUGGAAAACAUUACUCGAAUGUUUCCGAAGAGCUUUGUUUAAUGGGAAAAUGAGCAGGCCAGUGUUGCCCCAUGCGAGAAGUCUAUAGUUAGAGUGAGUCACGAGGUGAAGAGUCUACAGGGUUUUAUCAUAAUUUUAAAAUUCCAUUGAUAUUUUGAAUUGAAAAGCAAGACCUGACCUAGCCAAUCCUAUACACUUAGACUAAAACAUGUCAAGAAAGAAUUUUAAUGGUGGUAUUUGGUGCUUUUUCCGUCAGUGCGGUUUUUGUUUUGAUAGCCAUCGCUUGUUAUCUUCAUGGAUCCUCUUCAGAAAUGCUUUUCAAGUUGGAGUACAUGUUUAGUGUUUGAAUUUGUUGUCAAAGAUAGUCGCUUGUUUUUAUUUUCUAUGUAUUCUUUUAAAUGGUAUGCCUCUCCGUGUUCCCUGGUGAAAUGGAGUCAGUCAUAUAAUGCUGCCAACACACACUCAUACUCUCCAAAAACAUAACAAACUGCUCCACCCAGGCAUGCUCACAGAAACUGGAAGAUGGACAAAAAGGAUAGAGGGAUGAGAAUGAAGAGUGUAGGUCAACGAAACUUAACUUGUUUGAUGCUGUUGCCCCAUUUAAGAAUUUUUAUUCUUCUAAAAUCUGUGGAUUUUAACAUUGCAGUGUAAAUAUUGCUUUCUUAAUAAAAUCCUAAGGAUAA